AUGGUUACCGACACCGGUGCCUUAACAUCCUUUCUUCAGCAACAGGGGGAAUCAAUGAAACAGCAAAACCAGCUGAUGAAGAUGUUGGUUGAGUGUCACAUGAGAUCAUCCCUCCCACAAAGACAGAUACAGCCAUUCAGUGGAAACCCGCUUGAUUACCAUGCAUUUGUGAGGGCCUUCGAGCACACCAUUGAAUCCAAGAACAACAAUGACAAGGACAAACUGUACUUUUUGGAGCAGUACACCAGGGGCGAAGCGAUUGCCAUUGUAAAAAGCUGCAUGUAUGGUGAAGACUCGGCAGACGCUCUCGCCAAAGCCGAACUUCUGCUGAAGAAGAAAUUCGGCGACAAGCAUCGUAUCAUUGACAACAUGGUGGCAAAGGCAGUUGGCUGGCCGGACAUCAAGCCAGAGGAUAAAGAUGAGCUCCAUCGCUAUUCAGUGUUCAUCACAGAGCUGUACAACUUAGCCAAGGAUCUCAGCAUGGAGCAGGAGAUCAAUCAUUCACAGAACAUUCGGAUGAUCACAGCAAAGUUGCCAUACAAGCUGAGAGAUAGGUGGAGGAGGGUGGUUCCAGUCAUCCUGAGGUCAAGAAUGACAGGAAUGCAGACCAAAAUCUAUGCAUUCUUGGACUCCGGCAGUAAUGCAGUCUUCUGUGCUGAUGCAGUAGUGACCAAGCUCGGUGAGAAAGGAAAGGCAGUCAACAUACAAGUACAAACUUUGACGGACGAGAAGGUGGUGAAGGGUCGUGUGUUGUCGGAUCUUGAGAUAAUGGACCUAAAGAGCCAAACAGUCAUCAGUCUUCCAGAAGUCUACACCCAGACACAAAUCCCGGUAGUCAGAGAAGACAUCCUCACCAAAGAUGACUUGAAGGAAUGGCAGUACUUGGACAGAGUUGAGCUGCCAAAUGUUGAUGCAGAGGUGGGGCUGUUGAUUGGAAACAAUGUCCCCAAGGCGAUGGAACCACUUGAAAUCAUAAACAGCAAGGACGGUGGCCCCUUUGCUUGCCGAUCAGUCCUUGGUUGGCAGGUUUAUGGGUCAAAGAGAAAUCAAGGUCAACAGAGAAUCAUCUCCCAUAAAGUAACAGUGAAAGCCAAAGCAGACAUUGAUGAUCAGCUGGAGAAGCUUUUAAUCAUGACUUCAAUGAGAGGAUCAUAG